AUGGCCACGACCUACUCGACCACGACAGCCUUCCCCCAGCACCAGCACCACCAGCACCAGCAUGCGCCCUACCAACACCACGCAUACCGCAAGUCGACACACUCGCAGUACUCGCCCACCAACACAAGCAUCAACACGCCCGCAAACAUGUCGCCCACGUCGCCGCGAACCACACAGCUGCCUCUGGCCCGCCACCAGGGCAUCUACCAGCCCAGGACCGCCAUCGGUAUCCCCGCUGCACUGCGCAAAACCGAGCGGCCCGCCAGUAAAUCGCCGCCCAGGCUCGACUCGGCCAUGGAUCCUCCCAAGAGCCCAUGGGCAACAACGGCUGGCUUUGGCUGGCCUGCAAACGACGGUAGCGCGACACCCGUGUCCAACAUUGGCAACGAGGACAUGCAGAGCCUCUACAGCGCCGAACCCCUGUCGCCCGUUGGCGGCCCAAUCACACGCAACCACUGGCAGGCAGAUGGAUCCACCAUGGUAUGCUCGGCCUCGUCGUGCCAGGAACCCUUUGGCUUCUUCCAGCGCCGCCACCACUGCCGCAAGUGCGGUGGCAUCUUCUGCGCACAGCACUCUCGCAACCAAGUCCGCCUCGACGAGCUGGCGCGCUUCCACCCCCAGGGCCAGUGGCAUCGUGCCUGCGACCGCUGCCACAGUUCGUUCCGCGAGUGGGAGCAUCUCCGCUCCAGCCGAACUAACAGCGAGAGCUCCGACAGUAGCGGCCCGGCCCCAAAAUCCAUCGAGACGCCUGCCGCUGCAAAGCGGCCUGACACGACCCGCGUGGGUAGCUUAGCCCAAAGCCUCCAGGGGACGUGGAACUGGAGCACCUUCUAA